CAAUGUAUACAACACUCACCAAUAUUUUGUUUGCAUAUGGGCCUAACAAUGAUUAACAAUGAACAGUAUGUCCCAUGAAGUACUGGUUGUUUAAGGAAGUUCUACAUAAAAAUAAGUAAUAUCUACACAGUACCUCCUUGGCCAGGGCAUUAACCUCAAAGUGCUUCAUUGAUAGUAUAUUUUGUACUGCAUUUACAGGUAGGAGCCAUUGACCAAGCCUGAUAAAUCUGGGAUGCAUUCUCAUUGUAACCCAGCUAAGGCCUUACAAAAGGAUAUUGUGACCAACAACACUUUCAUGUCACUUAGGCCUUCUACACCUUUUGUGACCAACUUUCAUGUGAUCCACUACACUUUUACGUGACCUAACACACAGUUUGGUCACUUUCUUGUCUCUUUUGGUGACUUUCUCUUGACCCACCAUACUUUCCAACAACCUGACUACACUUCAUAUGAUCCUGUAAGCAGAUCCAGUGUUUAUUAAAACAGAAUCCCCUUGACCUAGUAGCUAUGAAUAGAAUCCUUGUUUACGUCUGAAGCCUAGCCUGUGAACGUGUGUGAGAUCAAAAUCAGAAAGAGUGUAGGAGUCUGAGAAAGAGACAGAGAGAGAGGAAAAAUGAGAGAGAGAUGCACAUAAAGUGUCUGAGUGGAUAAAGAAAGAGAUAGUGUGGUUGAGAGAGAAGGGGAUAACAUUUAGAUCUGGGCUAUGUGUAUAGCAGUAGAUAGUUAGCUUAACAUAUACAUAGCCUACAUAAUCUGUGAGAGAGAGGUUGUCUAAAGAGCAGUUGGAACGAUCUCUAACUGAGUCCUAAAGUUCGAGCCAUAAACAGCCAUGGAGUUUACCAGACGUUACCUGCCCAUGGAAUGGGAGGAACGGUGGAGGAAAGAGAAGGAAAGGAGGAGAAGGGUGAUUGAGGAAGGAGGAGAAGAGGUAGAAGCGGACGAUCGAAAGCUGAGGUGGAUUGUGGCCUACAACAACAACCGGAUGGGCGUGACGAGGAGAAAGGAGAAAGAGGGAGCAAGGGUCAAGAAGAGGAACGACAGCAUGGCAAGCCAGGGAGAAGAGGAAGAAGAAGAGGAAGUGUCAGAGGAGAGGAGGGAAGGACUGGGAGAUGAAGAGAAGGUUCGUACAUUCUACAGACAUACCUAUCCUAAAGAGGUAUUCCAGGGUCUGGAGCAGCUCAGGGACUCCUCUCUCCUCACUGACCUGACUCUGAGCACUGAGGCUGGGCAGCAUCUUUAUGCACACUCCCCUGUCCUGGCUGCUGUGAGUACCCUUGUUCACCAGAGACUGCAAGAGAGGGAUGAAGAGAUGGAGAAGAGGAGGGGGAGGAGAGAUGUUGACAUGGACAUAAAGACAGAGAUAUUCAUCAGUCUGGGUCCUGAAGUGGGGCUUGUGGGGCUGGCAGGGGUAGUGGAGUUUGCCUACACUGGGGGCUUAGCAGCUCUGAACAGACACACACUGGCCCAGAUACAGACUGCAGCUACAACACUAGGGGCCCCCAGAGUACUAGAACUCUGCAGUGAAGAGGAGGAGAAAAUGAAGAAGGGAGUAGAGAAGAGGGCAGAAGAGAAGAAGAUCUCUGCUGAAGAACAUAUGAAGGUCAGUCUUCAGUCCAUCAGAGAGCUGUGGGCAGAGAGAGUGGGCUGUGAUGUGGAGCUGGAGGUUGGAGGAACAUCAUUCCAUGUCCACAGAGUGCUCCUGGCUGCCAGUAGUGACUACUUCCGGGGAAUGUUUACCAGCGGGAUGAGGGAAUCACAGCAGCCCUGUGUGGCCCUUCCCUUCCUGGAGGCAUCUGAGCUUGAGGCUCUGAUUGGCUGUUCCUAUAGCGGGUCCCUCUCCCUCAGCUGGGGGUGUGUCUUUGAGAUCACCUGCACCGCCCUGCAGCUCCAGUUCCAGCCCACCCUCUUGCUGUGCCUCGAUUUCCUGGAACGGGAAAUGGAUGCCCACUCAUGUCUGGAUGUGGCCUCCUUUGCCCAGGCUUAUGGGAUGCCGGGACUCCUCGAGGAGGCUGAGGACUUUGUUCUGAGGAACUUCCAAGAAGUGUCUACCAGCCUGAAAUUCUUGGACCUUCCGGCUGAUAAACUGCUGGAUUUUCUCCACUCUGACGGCCUCUGCGCGCCCUCAGAGCUGGCCGUGUUCAGGGCUGUGGUGGUCUGGGUAGAGGCCAACCCGGCAGAGAGGCUAGCCCAGGCCCAGGAGCUGAUGACAGGAGUCCGCUUCCAGUUCAUGACCUUUAAGGAGUUCAGAGAGGUCAGGGCAAUCAACCUGCGCAUGGAAUCCAGCAGCGACACAGAGGUGGAUCUGUACGGCUCAGCCCUCAAAGAGUUUGGCUUCAGUCUUCCCGAGAACCUGGACCAGUGCCGGAUCCGACGGCCCAAAGAUGCCCUGGUUCUGGUCGGAGGCGACCAGCUGGAUCCUGACUUGGGUAAACGGCUUCCCAGCAGGCAGCUGUGGUUCGCUAACUCCCUCCGCACCGGAACAGGCCUGGUGAAGGCCAUGGACUGGAGGAUUCUGGGAGAGAUACCAGAGAAGCCCAGGUUUAGACACGGGGUGGGGGUGAUGCAGGGGCGGCUGUACGUGAUCGGAGGGUGUGAGUUCUACACAAAGACUGAUACGCUGAAAUCAGUAUACAGGUAUGACCCCAUGCAGGACAGCUGGCAGAGGUUGGCUGACAUGCAGGAGUACAGGAGUAACUUCUCGGUGGUGGUGUGGGGUGAUCGUCUCUAAGCCAUCGGAGGAGACAUGGACAUGAAUACCAACCUGGACAGUGUGGAGGACUACAGCCCUGUAUCUGACACCUGGAGCUUUGCCAAGCCUCUGGACCAGGCCCUGAGUGGCCACGCUGCCACAUUGUUGGAUGGAGAGAUCUUCAUCUCAGGGGGGUUCGACUGCAGGUACCAGUGUCUGACGUCCAUGUUCCUGUACCACCCUGAGAGAGGAACUACCUACCUGGCAGAGAUGAGCCAGGAUCGGGCCCAGCACUGUAUGGAGGUCCUGCAUCAUGGUGGUGGUGGUCUCUGCGUGGUUGGAGGGGUGUGUAACCUACGUACGUUCUACACCGACCAGCUGGCCUGUGAGGUCUACGACCCUGUUAGUGACUCCUGGAGAGCCCUCACGCCCCUGGCCAUCCCCCAUGUUGGAGCAGCCUCUGUGGUUCUGGAGGGAAAGCUCUAUGUGCUGGGAGGAUACUGCCAAGAGGACUACAGGGAGACCAGACUGGUUCACCGAUAUGAACCCAUUACCCAACGUU